AUGCACACUGAUCCUGGUAACUGGCAUCGCAUCCACACCAACGAUAUUCCCACCAUCAUUAAGAUUGUGUUCUGGGGUCUCGACAAGCGCCUCGCUCAGCGGAAGCACUUCCCGUCCGUCAACUGGAGCGUGUCCUACUCCAAGUACACGAAGGUUCUCGAGUCGCAUUAUGAGACGACCGAGCCCGGCUUCGUUGAACUGCGGACGAAGACGAAGGAGAUCCUUCAGAAGGAGGAGGACCUUGCCGAAAUUGUGCAGCUCGUUGGCAAAAGUGCUUUGGGCGAGAGCGACAAGAUCACACUCGAGGUGGCACGCAUGCUCAAGGAUGACUUCCUGCAGCAAAACGGCAUGAGCGAGUACGAUCGGUUCUGUCCGUUCUACAAGACGAGCGCGAUGCUCAAGAACUUCGUUGCGUUCCACGAUGCGUCCUCCAAGGCGGUUGCCACAGGCGACAUUACGUUCGCUAAGAUUAGGGACUCGGCGAGUGACCUGAUGUUUAAGCUCUCGCAAAUGAAGUUUGAGUCCCCUACACAAGGCAAGGACUCUAUUAAGGCGAAGAUGGACGCGUUGUACAAUGAGAUCCAGGAGCGUUUCCGCCAGAUGGUCGAGUAG